AUGGCAUCGUCUUUGACAUUGUCACUGAGCUCCAUGGAGGUGAUGUUGGAUGCGCUCAUGCAGCGAGGGAUAGGGAAGCCAGAAGAACAGAUGCCCAAACAAGAGGAACCACCGGCACUACCCACGCGCCCCACUGGGAGAGGCAGGCUUCCAUCAUUGCAGAGGCCCGGCGCAGAAGCUCCUUGGAUUCAUCGUCCUCCGCUGCCGUCGCCACUACCACCACCACAGGAAGAAGAUCAAGAGAAAUGUUUGGUAAAUCAGGAGCUGGAGAGAAGGGCCACAAAAGCAGAGGAGGAAGUGAAGCAGAAAGAAGAAGAGUUGAGGCACAAAGAGGAACUUAUCGCCACCCUUCAACAACAGGUUGAGCAUUACGAAUCCCGGCUUUGGGAAUGUGAGAUCAGGAUGAAAUCAGUGGAGGAGGAGCUGCAGAAGCAAAUCAGUUCGUUACAGAUGGCUCAAACCAUCAAUGCUAGGAGAGAUGCAUCAACAACAACAUCGCAACAUCGCCAAGAAUCAUCCUGUGGAAACUUGGCACCUUCCCAGUCAUUAGCGAGGGGGCAGCAACGUGGCUGCGAGCUCACCAUCACUGUUACAGUUGACGGAAGUUCAUCAGAUGUGGAUCAACUGGCCACGGAGUUCAAGAGGGACAGUGAGGCAUUCGAGCAAAAUGCGCGUGCGGUUGUGGAGGCUAAGCCACCCCCUAGCAGAGCCAAGUCAGUUGAUGAGCUCAAAACGCUUAAACGGCAGUUCGCCUCGUGGAAGGAGGAGUACGAGGUCCGGCUGAAAAAGACGAAGGCCGAACUAAAAAGACUUGUGCACGCAGAGAAGAAGAGCCACGGCGACAGCCAUAGCCACAAGCGACGGUGUGGGUGGUGGAGGAUAAAAGCGCCAAAAUGCAGGGCCCCCAAGUGUUGUAGCUUCAAGCUACCAAGCCCGAAAUCAUGUGGCUGCUGCUUCCGCCGCUGCUGCUAGCCCUGGAGACUAUGCUCUCUGAAAUGUUUGGUUCUUACAUGUUGUGCAUUGGGCGAAAAAAUU